AUGAUAGAGAAAAGCUCAAGUAUAAGAUUUGACCUAGUUCAUAUUGGACCUGCCAUUGACAUUGCCAUUCAAAAAUGUUUUGACGAUUAUAAUGUUAACCUCAAAGUACUCGAAGGAAUUUAUACAAAUAAAUGCAAUGAGACGGCAUCGUUGGGUAAAGCGGUUGAUUUAGUUCAUAACAACGACAUAAUAGCAUUUAUAGGACCAGCUUGUAGUGAUGAUCUGCAGGCGGUGGGACGGUUGGCUUCAUAUAAGGGCAUUCCAUUAUUGACUGGUUUAGGAGAUGUCAUAAGUGGCAAACGAUCUACAUAUAGCACUUUAAUUAGGGCUUCAUAUGAUCUCUGGGAUGAGGCCCGGGCUAUAUUGGCAUUCCUUCAUCAACUGGAUUGGCAUCAGUUUGGACUUAUCUAUCGUUACGGUGAUGUUUAUUACUCAACACUAGCCGAUGAACUGUUGAAUCUAUUGGAUAGACCAGAAUAUAGUAGUUUUUUGUGUACCUGUAAGGAGUCAUAUAUACGAGACAUGAAUAAAACAAUUUUGACUGAUUUGGAGAAAGUCAUCGAUUAUAUGACUUAUUGUGCCAGAAUUAUAGUUAUUAUUGGGGGUGAGUUAGAGGUACGGGCAAUGAUGACUAUCGCUCACCGCAAGAAGAUUACUCUAUCGGGAAAAUAUGCUUUCAUUUACACUGAACUUAUUGAAGGAGAAGCCGUUGGAAAUACUUCAUGGGCUGGAGGUUCAGAAAGUGAUGAGACAAAGGAGACACUGAAAGAGGCUUAUCAGUCAUUACUGAUUGUAAGUCUGAAUCAACCUCUUGGAGACUUCUAUAAGAACUUCUCAGAUCAAGUCAAACAAACAGCUCUCACCAAAUAUAACUACAUUUACAACGAAGAGAUGGUUAACUACUUUACGGCAUCUUUUCACGACUCGGUUUUGCUUUUAUGUAAAGCCAUUCAAGAAUAUCAUAACAUAACCGAUGGCCAGAAACCCAUUGAUGGUCGACAACUGGUAGAGCUAAUGAAAAAUGUUUCGUUUAAUGGGAUCUCUGGAAACGUCACUAUUGAUAGUGAGGGCGAUCGCAUUGCCGACUAUGCACUACUCGAUCAAACAGAUACAGAAUCGGGUCAUUUCAAAGUUGUAAUGCGAUAUUAUGGCGCUACGAAAAAAUAUGUUUCCAUUGCAUCUAUUAAUUGGCCAAACGGUCAAAAGCCUGUGGAUAUACCUGAAUGUGGUUUUGAUGGCUCUAAGUGUCCACAGUUACCUUUUUGGGAUAUAUUGACGGCUACAUUGCUGACUGUUAUAGUAUUUUUAUUAGUAGUUGCAAUACUUAUAUAUAGAAAAGUUAAAUUAGAGUCAGCCCUAACCAACAUGUCAUGGCGUGUCCGCUGGGAAGACAUCACUUUCCCCGAUAACAUAGGAAUUAGUGCAUUGAGUCGAUUAAGUAUUUCAAGUCAAAUGUCAAAUAAGAUGGAACAGGAAUUGGUUUGUUGGGCACCUAAUGAGCACAGACAGUCUUUAAGUAUCGAUUGGUCGCCAAAAAACAGUACACAAAUUCUCACCGGUUUUUAUAAAGGAAAUUUGGUGGCAAUUAAAAGAUUACUUCAAAAGCGUAUAGAAUUGAGUCGAGAAAUCCUUUUAGAGCUUAAAGUGAUGCGCGAAACAUCACACGAAAAUUUGGUACGUUUUAAUGGUUGUUGUAUUGAUGGCACAGUUGCUAUAUUGACAGAGUAUUGUUCAAAAGGGUCACUCAAAGAUUUGUUAGCAAAUACUAACCUUAACCUGGACUGGCUUUUUAGAUAUUCACUCAUUAAUGAUAUUAUAUCGGGAAUGUGUUAUUUGCAUAAUUCAGAGCAUAUAUAUCACGGAAGACUGAAAUCAAGCAAUUGUUUGGUUGACUCUCGAUUUUGUGUAAAACUAACCGACUUUGGUCUCCGAAAAUUUAAAGCUUUAGCCGGUUAUCAAACAACAGGAGAGUCGGAGCUUAUAAUACCACAGAAUUCAUCAAUAAUUAGUUUGAAUGAAAGAUUGAAAAAUAAAUGUCGAAUCGAUUCGUUAUGUGAGUUCAAUACAGGAUUAUUAUAUUUAGCACCAGAAUUGUUGUGUCAAAAUAAUCAAUGUAUGGGUCAUACUAUGGGAUCAAAAAAGUGUAAAUUUUAUGAUUAUAUUAAUGGAUAUAUUGGUACUCAAAAAGCAGAUAUUUACAGCUUUGGAAUUAUUCUGCAAGAAAUCAUAUUAAGAGAACAACCAUUUUUUCCUCAUUAUAUUAAUCUGGAAAUUAAAGAUAUAUUAAAAGAAGUUCAGACAUCAAAUAUGAGACCAUUAGUGCCAUCGGAUUCAUGCGAUGAGAGAUUGCAUUCUCUUAUGAAGAAUUGUUGGUCUUCUGACAUUGAUUUGAGGCCAGAGUUUAAUUCAAUGAAACAUGAAAUCCGUGCUAUUAUGAAGUCUAUGGGUGUGGGAGGCAUAUCAGCGGCUCAGUCGACUCUUACAGAAAAUCUAUUGGUGCGAAUGGAACAGUACGCCAAUGAAUUAGAGUCUAUAGUCGAGUGUCGGACCGCAGAGUUAGCCGAAGAAAAGAAAAAGACUGAAGAAUUGCUUUACCAGAUAUUACCAAAACCAGUUGCAGAUCAACUCAAAAGUGGGAAAAUGUUUGAACCCAACUUUUAUGAUACCGUUACCAUAUAUUUUAGUGAUAUCGUUGGAUUCACAUCCAUGAGCUCUCAAAGCACACCAAUGCAAGUGGUCGAUCUCUUAAAUGAUUUAUACACCUUAUUUGACUCAAUUAUUUGCAAUUAUGAUGUCUAUAAGGUAGAGACAAUAGGUGAUGCAUAUAUGGUAGUGUCGGGACUACCGGAGCGCAAUGGUGUGGAACAUUCGCGACAAAUUGCAAGAAUGUCACUUAAAAUUAGAGAUAAUGUCCAAAGUUUUGUAAUUAGACACAAACCUAAUGAGAAACUACAACUAAGGAUUGGCAUUCACACCGGACCCAUAUGUGCUGGUGUUGUCGGUAAUAUUAGGCCUCGAUUUUGCCUUUUUGGUGAUGCGGUAAACACUGCUUCUCGUAUGGAAAGCAAUGGCGAGCCCCUCAAGAUUCACAUAAGUCCCUCAACAAAGUCUGUAUUAGACUUAUUUGGGACAUUUGUUUUGGAACCGCGAGGGGAUAUACCUAUUAAAGGAAAGGGUACUAUGAAAACAUAUUGGCUUAUUGAAGAAAAGACAUCAUUUGAUAAUACGAACGAUACAAAUAAAGAAGUUAUUAAUUUCAAGAAUUGUAGUCUUUAUCCGCCAAAAACAAAUCCAAAAAUCACGACAAGAGAGCGACCUCUCGGCUGUCGGACUGUAUUUGUCGGUGGAUUACCAGAAAAUAUUACUGAAGAUAUUAUUAAAGAAAUAUUUAAUCAAAAUUGUGGUGAAAUUUGUGCCAUAAGAAUAAGUAAGAAAAACUUUUGUCACAUUAGGUUUGAAAGCGAAAAUUCAGUUGAUUUGGCCAUUGGUUUAUCGGGAUAUAGACUAAAAAUUAAGGAUUUGGAUGAUGUGGCCAACACUGGAAGACUGCACGUGGACUUCGCUCAGGCCAGGGAUGAUCUGUACGAAUGGGAAUGCAAACAGAGAUCUCUUCAACGAGAAAUGAGACACAGAGAACAACUGGAAUAUAACCGGUUCUGUCCUCCCAGUCCUCCAAGUGUUGACCACUAUAGCGAUCACGAAGCCAUUGAACUAAUUGAUAAAUUAAAAAACGAUCAAAGCUUUACUCAAGCGGUUCACGUACUGAUCAAUUGGUUAGAGAGAGGAGAGUGUCAGAAACGAAAUUGUAGUCAAUUUUAUACAAUGAUUCAAACAACUAAUAAUCACAUCAAAAGACUUCAAAAUGAAAGAAAUGUCGCUGAAAAUGAUUGGUUAACCGCUCGACAGUCAUAUCACUCAACAAAUCAAUCAAUUUUAUUGCAAUUUAAUCAAAUCGAGAAAAUAUUUGAAGCAGCGAUGAGACAGAAAGCGUGGGAUCACUUCACGAAAGCCCAACGCAAACAUAUCGACGCCUGGUUUAGACAAACUAAGGAAAUGAAGAAUCAACAAAUUGAAGACGUAGUCAAUAAACGAGAAGAAGACGAAAUGGAUUUAAGUGAUGGAGACGAUGAUGCAAAUGAAAUAAAUAAAGUUAUUACUCAAACAAAUGUUGUCCGCAAUACAAGCACUUCUACAUCUGAAAUGAAUCUUAGAGACGAAAACGAUGUACUUCUUUGUCAGAUCGAGUCAUUCAGAAAUGAGGCCGUCUUUGUCCGCGAGGAAAGUCGUCAAGAAAAAGAGUAUUUGGAGAAACAGUUGAUUGUCUUAAAACAAACACUUCAAGGAAUGCAACACCAGUUGAUUGCACUGACAAAACAAAAAUCAGGACAACAAUCACUAUUACAAGAGACACAUAAAAAUACAAAUGAUUAUAACAAUAAAGAUAACAUUCAUAAUAGUGAUAACAGAGCUCUUUUAAUAAGUUUAAUAUCAAUAUACUUGAAUAUUCAUCCAUUUGGUACUAACAGUGAAGACAUCACUACAUAUCUGUCACAACAAAGUUAUAUUCGGGACUCGACUCUCCUGUCGACCACUUUUAUCGACUCAUUUCUUUUACAAUAUCCUCAACUUUUUACUCAAUUAGAGUCCGAUUCUAAUGGCAAAAAACUUUGGAGGUUUUGUGCUUUUCAGACACAAUUGUUUUAG